AUUUGGCAGCAAUAUGUCAUAAUUCUGGAAAGUGGUAAACGUAUCUCAUGGUGCACAGAAUCAGACUGAACUAUCUUCUGUUUUACCGUAAUGGAAAACUCAUAGUACGCUUGCGCAAAAAUAUCUCUCUGUUCAAUAAUAUAAAAAGAGGGAUAUUAGGCCCAAUUAUUGAGAAUUGAGACAAUUCAGAUAAUACAGAGCAAUUUUCUUUUAUCUAUACCGCGCGUGCAUAAAAUUAUCCCAUUAGAAAAAUAUAAUACAUAGCUUUUCAUAAUAUAACUCCGACACGACACGCGACAUAAAUUAUUAAAAAUUUAUGGGUCUGAAAAACUACCCAAGAAUGCAGCAAUUGUCGCAAUCGUUUCGCAGUUCUUGUGCGAGAUGCAUGUGAUCGCAGAGCGCUAUUAUAAAAUCAAUCGCAUUUUUCUUAAAGCAAUUGGCUUAUGGCCUUAUCAGCAGUCAUAUCUAGUGGAAAUACAGAAAGUACUAUGUACUGGCAUUCUUUUGUCAUUUAUUAUUGUCCAGUUGCUGGUAUUAGUAUUUACAACUCAGUACAAUUUGGCUCUCGUCUUGAACGUCCUAUCGUUGGUCUUCCCCGUUCUUUUUGUCACGAUAAAAUAUUGCCUUUUUGCCAUUCAGAAAGACAGUGUGAAAGAACUGCUGGAGCAAAUUCAAGAUCACUGGAAGUUGAUGGUAACUGAAUUGGAAAUUGAAAUUAUAGAAAAAUACGCCCGCAACACAAGAUCUUUGACACUGUUCGCGAUGGCUUUUUGUCAUUGCGCCAUGUUCCCUUUUGCAAUACUUCACUUUCUGCCGUUGAUGCUUGAUGUUAUAUUACCAUUGAACGAAUCACGGCCGCUUCAAUUUAUCGUGACCAUGGAAUAUUUGAUCAACCAAGAGGAAUAUUUUUACAUUAUCUUUUUGCACGUGGGAUUAACCUUCGUUGUAAGCAUGAUCGCUAUAGGUAUUACCACUGCAACUAUUAUGCUGUAUAUUUUGCAUGCAUGUGCUCUAUUCAAAGUUGCAAGCCACAGGAUAGAGAACGCAAUAGAUCAGAAUAUAACAUAUCCUAAUGCUGUAAAACAAUAUCUUUUUUAUCGGAGGAUCUUGCAUGCGGUAAUUAUUCAUCGAAAGGCAAUCGAGUUUAUAAAAACGUUUACAUCAAAUUUUGCGAUACCGUAUGAUAUUCUUAUCAUAGUUGGCGUCACUUCAUUAAGUAUUAAUCUUUUCCAAUUCUCACAACUGGUGGCAUUAACAAACAACGUCGAUGAAGCAUUUAUGGUCGCCAUAUUAAUAUUCCUUCAUUUAAUUUACAUGUUUCUCCUUAAUUACGGCGGACAAGAGGUAAUGGAUCAUGGAAAAAAACUUUUUAACGCAAUCUAUAAUGGACUGUGGUAUACAGCACCACUGCAUACGCAAAAAUUAUUAUUAUUCAUGAUGCAAAAAAGCAAAGUAGACGUUAUAUUAACGAUGGGCACCAUAUUUGUCGCAACGUUAGAAGGUUUAGCUUCGCUGAUAAGUAUGACAUUGUCCUAUUUCACAGUGAUUUAUUCUACGCGAUAGCGAUAAAUUCGGAAGAAAAGUUUUUUAUCAAUUGAAGGUGGACGUUUAUCAAAUUGAGUAGUGUGCAAUACACUGUAUGUACAUAAAAUAUACACACUUACAUACACAUACAUAUAUUAAAAAUAUAUAUUUCUUGAAUAUAC